ACUGCCUCCGUUCGCACUUAUGUGCUGGUCGUAUUUCAGUAUUCAGGUUUUCCCUGUGUCACCCCUAAAUCAAUAAUAGGCUUUCCCGCUCAUGUCAUGUGAUGAAUACCAAUACAUCGACACACGAAUUCCUUUGUUGCCCAUGGAUACAGAUUGUAGCACCCCACGCGGUGACCAAAGCGGAACACAACACACAACACUUGAAACCGAGUGGUACAAUCAGUGUAAGAAGCUGUUACCUUCAACGCCCUGCUUGUGGAGGAGUGAGUAACGCUGUUCCCUGAACCUCCCUGUAUUACUGGAGGAGAGAGGACGCUGGUCGCUGCACCUCCCUGCAUUACUGGAGUGUUUGACGAGAUGGCAGUAGCUUAUGAGCAGCUACACGACAUGUCACAGACUCACGUUUGUCGCUUCCGACCACCUGGCGGUGAGAGAGGACAACAGAGGGAGACAAUUCUGAACGAUCUAUACCACCGCAGACAUCGUCUUGUGGUUUUGUAUGGGGAAAUAUUUGCUGGUAAAACCCAUUUUGCCAAACAGGUCAUCGAAUGCUUAAAAGAGACUCAACUCAACACGUGUGGCGAUGCUCUGAAUCACGUGACAGUCCGAUGUCUUGGAGUGACCACGUGGUCGGAUUUCCUCAAGCGAUUGGCUGAUGUUCUUGAACUGAACACCACACUUCUGGGUCCAUCCGAGUUCAAGGUUAAAUUAAAAAUUGGUGACCUAAUCAGAAAUUUUGCCGGCGUAGGUCUCAUUCUUCUGUUCACGAACUUCGAAAACGUGUACGCCAACGAAGUUAUCAUUCGGAUGUUCAGUCUCUUUGUAAAUGAUGUUCUGGAUGCGCACGCAGGUGUAAGCGUGAUUGUGACGUCACGGGUCAGCGUCAGCCUUUCCAACCGCCAUGAAGCUAUCUCACACAAACUAUUGCCAAUGAGUGAGCGAGAAUGUGUGGCCUUGUUAGACCCAGUGCGCUGUCGAUGCAGGACUCUUGCCCCACUGUACAAUAUCGUCAGACGGUGCUGCCAUCGCCCAGGACUAAUCCUCAGAAUUUGCACCAUUUUACAACUCUACCCCUCAGUCCUUACACCAGACGAUGUUGCUAGGGCUCUUCAAGACCCCAGGAAGGCUCUGGAUGUGUUCAGCAAGUACCCCACCCCUGGUGGGUGCAUUGCUAAUGCUCUUGAAGAACAGUUUGGUCGUCUGGCUCCAGAGCUUAAAGCUGACACAAUCACUCUGUGUGGUCUUCAAGGACAUUUUGGCGUCAAAGAAGCCACCAAACGUCUUGGAAAGGGCGACGUCACUAACUUCAAACUACAGACAGCUUUACCCUUGCGGGGACACACCAUACUCGACUUUGAUCCAAACCUGCGGCAAAUGAGGGUCGAUCCUUUCAUCCAGGCCUUUGUAUCAACUAAAACUGCAGAUGUGCCUCAUCACGAUUCACACCGGAAGUUGAUAGUGGAUUUCCUUGGGCAGAUGUUGUUGCUGAUGCGUUGUGAUGCUUCUGUGAAAACAAAGGGGAGAGCACUCGGGUUUGCUCAUGACAACUUUCGGUCUUUUGAAAUGACUCUGACUCAGGCUGUGAAUACCCAUGGGGAGGACACGUUCAAAGUUUAUUUGAAGGUAAUUGACCUUGAGGAGUGUACGAUGUCCGCAGUGUGUCCUGAGAAGGCAGUCAACUUCUAUAGUCAGAUGGCCGAGGCAGCCUAUAAAUUCGGCACUCCGAGAGAGCAAGCUGUUUUACAGGGCUUCACGGCCGUGUCACUCAUCGAACAAAGAGGUGACCAACUUCCUUCUGCAGUUUCUUUGGUGACGAAUGCAUUACAGAAAUUGACCGUGGGAGAGGACGGUUAUCAUCGCGUUGUGCUCAUGCGCAGACUUGGAUGGAUGCACGUGCGGCUUGGGAAUAAUAAAGUAGCCAAAAGGCGACUGACCGAGGCACUGGAGACGCCUGUCCCCGCUGAACUUAAUGAGAGGGUCGAACCUCAUCGGAUUCAGAUUCAGUCUCAUCUUGCAAUCGUCAACAGCUACUUAGGCAACUUCCCUGAGACUGAGAGGAUACUCCGGCGCACUAUCCCCCGGGCUCACCAGAUCAUGCCGGGACACCCGGUGCUUGCAGUCAUGAUUCAGACCAUGGGCAUCAACUUCGACAGGCAGUGUCAGCUGGACAAGGCGCUGGUGUACUACAAAUUGUCCUGCCAUGAGCGGAGGAAGCUGGCCUCCACACUGCCGACCUAUCUCGUCACCAACCUCAACAACCUCGCCGCCAACUACACGUGGCGGGGGGAGUUUGACAAGGCUCUCCGGCUGCUGACGGAAGCUCUCAACCUGAGGCGGAAGUUGGGUUGGUAUGACUUCAACACGGCUCUCACACUGUGGUACAGGGGCACCGCGUACUGUCUCAAGGGCCUUGUGGAUGACGCUGUCAGGUCGUGUCACCAGGCCCUCGAAGUCAUCAUCCGAUGCACGCCACGUCACCCCUCCAACGUUGACGUUAGAAUCUCACUCGCGCAUGCGUACAUGGCCAAGGGUGACCGGAAGAAGGCGGAAGCGACUCUCGUGGAGACCUUGGAUUAUGUCAGUCUCUUCCAGUCAAACAUGAACGAAAUCAGUCUUCUGUCGGCGCUGGAACAUCUGGUCCUGAUGCGGGAGGGCGAGAAGGAUUUCGGGACAAUCCACAAGCUGCUUACUGAGGAAGCACAGCGUUUGAUCAACGUGUUCGGAGAAACGGACUUCAAAAAGAAUUAUUCGAUUCACCGGAAGUUGUCCUUGUGGCGUGUAUAUUGUGGCGAGGUGUUGUGUAGACGGGAGGACAGGAAGAACCAAUCUAGUCACAUUGAGUGGAAGAACCUCUUCACGUGUCCACACUGCAGCGUGCUGGGAUACAAUCAUGAACACUGGAAGUCUGGUCGUGCUUCGUAGCGGAAUGUAUUGUUUUCAAAACUGAUGGUUGUCAAAUCUAAGGGACAGAUCAUAUAUCAUACAAAUAGUGACUCUUGACGGACAGAACCCCUCACGGGUCGGUCCUCGGGUCCUUGUUUUUUCGCUUAUUGACCUCGUCAAGAGUGAUUAUUCGUUUUGUUAUGCCAAAAUUCACUUUAAUGUGUAUGAUCUCUGUGUGUGCGUGCGUGCGUGCGUGCGUGCGUGCGUGCGUGUGU